CUCAACUCAACCCACGAUAUAGGCAACCAUACGAUGGUGAUAAUCAUCUUCCCCUUUCCUAUCGAGAUACUCUGCUUACCGUACUUCUUUAGCAUUGUCUACCUCGACUCGCCGGUCGAGCCAUCCGCUCAAGUGUCGCGACGCGCCUGUUCCCCCCGCUCGGACCCCGAAACAUGGCCACCGCGUCGGUUACAGUCCACGUCCAGGGGCCAGGGGAGGAAUCGGAUCCCAACCAUCGUCAGAAGCUUGCCUCGCAGCUGCCUCUGAUUCCACGAGACUCCGACACCCUCAUCAUUCAAGAUGACACACCUUCGGAUAUAGAGUGGGCCAUUCUGGGCCAUCACUUCUCCCGUGUUCGCGACCUCGAGAUUCACACUGGUUUCCAUGAGGAUCUUAACGACAAACAUAUUCCCCUUCACUGGCCCCUCUCUCGACUGCUGAUCAGCUCCGCUUGCGGUGUACUCACCCGCACUCCCUUCAUCCGCCAAGGGCGAAUCUCUCAUCUGAUCCUUGACUACACCAGUGGUCUUCGUUUCGAGGGGCCAGACAACGACGAACUGGUACGGAGACACAAGGAUGCCAGCGCGCGUGGCGAGGCCAAGACAGAAUACAUUACGUGUCACGAAGGCACGCCUGAAGAAAAGAAGAUCGAGCUUAUCGUCAUCCCAGAAUUAGCCCAAAACUGGUUGAACGCGAAAUACGGAGGAGAGGGUUGCAACGAGCUAGAUCCCGAGAACUUGCCACCCACAGAACAUGCCGUCAACCUUAAGACGCUGGAGGUCAUCGAAAACGCGAUGGAAACCGUAGCCUGCAUGGCACUGGCCCUGCCGCACGUCGUCUUUAACGCUUCGACGUUGCACAUAAGCUCCACGUAUCCUGGCUGUGAUUUCCAGAAGCUCCACGAGAGCAACUUCCUGCAGCUUCUGCGACAAAUGGACAAUCUGGAGACAUUGCAACUCUCGGUCGGGGAGGUGUUCCAGGAGGAGUCUCACCUGCUGGGAUUGUAUAAGGAGCUCCCCCGGAGUCUGACGACGUUGCGCUUGCGCGGACCGGCGAUGUUGACGCAGCGUGAGGAGUGGAAGGAGUGGGAAGGCGCGUUCGCAUCCCAAACGUUCUUCCCGAAGUUGGAGAAGCUGUCGAUUGAGAUGGAUCUCUAUUAUGUUGAUAGAGACGACGGAUGGCGUCGGAAAGAGAAAGCUGAGCUGCCAGAAGAACUGCGGAUUGCAGCAAACGCCGCGUGUGAGCGACUUUGCGCCAUCGCGCGCAGUCGGGGGGUCAUCGUAGAAACCAUGCAGGACUGGAAGCGAGUGUGCGAGUGAGUUUCGUCGUCCGCGAUUUAGGGGCUGUCCAACGACGAGCACUGUUGUGCUGACAUUGCUUGUGUUGAUGCUGGACGACGGGGUCGGGGUUCAAACCUGACUUGGAGUUUAUUUGUAAGAUUAGAAGAAAGAAUUGAUACCCCACUCUUGAUUUGUCGCAU